UGCAUUGCGCGUGCGUAGAGUGGCCUGACUCUCUCUUUCUCUCUCUCUCUCUCUCUCUCUUUUCCAGCCCCCGCCCUACCGGCUUCGCGGCUGCUGCGACAUCUCCUGCGAGGGCUCCCCCUGCCGGCGGAGGCAAUUAGCGGGUCGGCGCGUUCCAUGGCCGGCGGCGGGGGAUCAUGACCGACUACGGGGAGGAACAGCGCAAUGAGUUGGAGGCCUUGGAGGCCAUCUAUCCGGACUCCUUCACAGUGUUAUCAGAAAACCCUACAAGUUUCACUAUCACUGUGACAUCUGAAGCGGGAGAAAAUGAUGAAACUGUUCAGACGACUCUCAAAUUCACCUGUUCAGAAAAGUAUCCAGAUGAAGUUCCAUUAUAUGAAUUGCUUGCGCAUGAAAAUCUUGAAAAUAAUGACAUUGCAGACCUAUUAAAACUAUUGCAGGAACAGGCAGAAGAGAAUCUAGGCAUGGUAAUGAUCUUCACACUGGUAUCUGCUGUGCAAGAAAGACUGAAUGAAAUAGUAGAUUUAAUAAAAACAAGAAGAGAAGCAGAAAAGAAACAGAAGGAGAAAGAAGCAGAGGAGGCAGAAAAGCAAUGCUUUCAUGGCACCCCUGUCACUAUUGAAAACUUUCUACGCUGGAAGGCAACAUUUGAUUUGGAACUUUUAGAAAUUAAGAGAAAACAAAUGAAAGAAGAAGAACAGUGCGGCAAAAAUAAAUUAACAGGAAAGCAGCUGUUUGAAACAGAUCAUAAUCUUGAUACGUCUGAUAUUCAGUUCUUAGAAGAUGGUAACCUUCUAUUAUUUUUACUUUAAUUACUAUAGUAGUAG